AUGAUUAAUCGUAUCGAUGCCGCAAAUGCAUCUCUCGCAUCACCCUGUACCUUAAUCUGUCGCCAUUUUGCGGCGUUUCGAAAGAGGAGGGUGAACCCAGUGCCGCUGGCUAACCAGUUGACUAAACAGCAGGGUGACGACGCUUAUGACCCGCCAAUUCCACCUAGCUCCAUACCCUGCGACGCCACGUCCUAUCAACGCGGUUGGAAACCAGUACAGGGAGAUCCUGUGCCGGGUUACGAGGUGCCUACGCGUUUCCGCAUUGGCAUGCGGCAACAUACGUCAGCUGACAAGAAAAACGCCGUAACAUACAGUCGAGACACAGAUUUCGGACAAACGUAUACUGACUUCUCGGGAUUGCGGUUCCCAACACUGGACACUGCGGAGAAUACGAACUACUGGAAGGACACCGGCCUGAACCGCCUGUUGCCGCGCAUAUUCCCCAUUAAACUGCCGAUGAAGAGGAGGAUAGACCCCCUCAUGCGCGAGUACAUGUUCUUUUUGCACAAUCUGGACCCGGGGAGGUUCACAAUUUCUCGAAUCGCGGAGCGCUACGGGUUCAAAGAAAACACGGUGCGAGAGGUGGUCAAAGAAUUUAGCCUGCUGAACUUCAUUCUGUACAACAAACUAUGCGACCCAAAGGAUAAGCGUAUAACAUUGGAAGAAGCGAGAUUACAGCUGAAGGAACAAGCCUACAGAGACAAUAUUGGAUACAUCCACGUUUCCGACGAAGCAGAUCAGGAGGAGCACGAAUUUCAAGGUUUCGAGAGCACGGCAGAUUGGGUUUAUCGGCAGUCGGUGCAAGUCGAGGGGCUCUCAGCAUUCCCACUGCCUUCCACCAGGGACCCUAUGCCUAAACGUGUAGACGUCGACGUAACGGUAAAGCACACCAAAAAUGUCAAAGUUAUUAACUGGAUCGAUCCUAGCGAUAAGGUCGUGUUUUAA